AUGAGAAUUAUAAACAUCUCACAAUCUUUCUCUACUUUAUGCGCUGUUAUAUCAAGAAAAUCAGCAAUGUAUGAAACAGCUACUAACAUACUGUACCAAAUUAUAGGAACAUUGUAUCUCAAGAGAAGAACACAAUUACUGCGCGAAAAUACUAAAAAAGAGUUGGAUCCAAAUAUUAGAAAACAAUAUCUGAAAAUCAGAACUCAAAUUUUAACUAUAAAAUACGGAAGUGUUCCUGAUUUGAGAAGCCGUGAUCCUAGUAUUAGAAGUAGAGCGGAAUCGUUAUAUGAGCAACCUAUUGGAUCUGUAUCAUUGCAACUUGGAUCCUCAUCCCCAAGUUCUACCAAUAGAUCACCUAGACAUAGCCGUUUACAAAGUGAUAGUUCUUUCUCCUUCUUACGACCACGUUCAACAAGUCUAGGUUCUAUCAACUAUGAAGACAAGAAUACAGCAGCUAAUAAUACUAAAACUCUAAUUGUUCCUCAACUUGACAACGAAAACGUUAUACCAACGGAAGAUGCAAAAGCUAGCAAAAAAUUAGCUGGCAAUCAAAAUAUCGAGCAGUACUAUCAAUUCGAACCUGUUUAUCAUGUAUUUCAUCAGCAUAUGAAAGCAGUCAAGGUUGUUAAAUUUGCUAAUGAAGAACGAGAUAGACUGGCGUGCUGUUCUGUCGAUGGUACUAUUUCUAUACUUAGACUUAAUCCACCUACUGUACAAUUUGUAUUAAAAGGACAUACUAACAGUAUAAACGAUCUUUCUUGGUCUCUAACAAAUGAUUUAAUUAUGAGUGCUUCUUCCGAUAAAACAACGCGCAUAUGGAAUUCUGUUGGUGGAUCAUGCCUUAGGGUUGUUAAUGAUUAUGGAUCGUCUGAAGGUGGUGGCAACAAAGUUUCAGGGGUAGUAAAAUGCCUUGCAUUUGAUAUAAAUGGAAAAAUACUUUGGUCCGGUGACACUAAAGGACAUAUCUACUCGUUUAUUUUCGAUACAAUGACGGGAAAAAUUAUAAAGAGUAGAAAGAUUACUAUAAAUGAAGGUAGCCCGAUUACUUCGAUUGUAUCUCGUAGCUGGUCCAAUCGAGAAGGGAAAAAUCCAGUAUUAUUAAUGAAUACUAUGAGAGAUAGCUUGUGGUUGUUAAGAAUAAUUUCACCAGAUGGUAAUGCUGAAUUGAAAAGUUCAUAUCCGGUAUGGCAUAGCAAGCAAGAUAUUAAAAGUACAUUUUGUCCGAUAAUGUCAUUUCGUGAGGGUGCUUGCGUAGUGACAGGAAGUGAAGAUCUAUGUGUUCAUCUGUAUAACAUCGAAAAAAAUGAUGAAAAUGCCUCUGUGAAUAUAUUACACGGUCAUUCUGCCCCAGUUUUGGGUGUUUCUUGGAAUUACGACGAAAGUUUUUUGGCUUCAAGUGAUUCUCUAGGUAUGGUGUUUAUAUGGAAAAGAAAAAUUAACUGCAAUAGUGAUAAAGAUGACAAUCUGUCUCUUGAAAACCAAGUAGAGGAUGACUGA